UCAACUCAGCAUCCAGUCUGAUUCAUCCUGGACAGACUUCUUUCCAUAUAUUACCAUCCUCGACUUCUCAUCCUUUAUGUUGACACCCUGCCCUCCUCUCUCUUCAUACUCCGCACCAUUUUACCUUUACGGAUGAUCAUCACCUCUCUCCUUGUAUAUUCCCAUUGACCUCCUUUCUCAUGCACUUUAUCCUCCCUCACCACUUUUCCCUGACUCCUCUCAUGACUUCCCAAUUGCCUGUUUGAUUUCUCAUCUUUCGUUCACUAUCCCUGCUCAUACAUCUUCUAUAUCAUUUUUCAUAUUUCUGCCUCUGUCUUUGCUUCGUCCACCUUUUCUUCCCCCCUCCCCCUUUAGCUUUACCUCAUGGAUAUUUUGCACUGGCUUUCCGUAUACCUUGGUGUAUUCUGCGGCUUGGUGCCUUGCUGUAGUCACCCACAGCCAUGUCGUAUUCUUGCCCGUAUUGGGCACACAGUUCGUCUUGGUGCCCUCUUACCCUUGGCUGGACACUCGCAGACCAAAAUCCAGAAUGUUCUGUCCCGGAUCAGUCGCAGCAGUUUGCUCCCAUACAAUCUAAGUUUAGAAGUGGUUUCGGGAGCUCCAAAGGAAAGGGAUCCUGUCUCGUUGGCACGAUGGUUAUGCCAGGUGAUAGUUGCCCAAGGAGUGGCUGCAGUGCUGGCAUUUCCCCAGUCACAGGAGGAGCUGCUACAAUUGGAAUUUUUGUCCAGUUUCUUGGAGAUACCAUUCCUCAGUAUUCUGGAGCAAGAACAGAUCAUGCCACUGACCACUAAGAAUCCCUUCCACCUGCGAAUGGAUACUCGAAGCUCAGUGAUUUCCCUUAUGGAAAUUUUAAGCAGUGUCUUACAGAACAGCAGCUGGGAGCAACUUCUGGUUAUUACCUGCCACCCAUGGGAAACCACCACCAUACUUGAUUAUCUGGCGACUAAUACUAAUAUGAUGACACGUGACAUCCUCAACAUUCGAUCACUUAAUGAUUCUGCUGUGGGAACUUACCUGCAUCAUCACUUUAAGGUGAUAAAAGAUCUUGAGCUUCCCUUGCUUCUGCAUGGAUGUGACGCACAUCGAUCUUCUCUAGUUUUCAAGGCUGCACGUGACAGUGGGUUGGAACCUCAAGAGUUUCACUGGAUGGUUGGCCAGCCGCUCAACGUUGAAGAGAUGCAGACAGAUGGGAUGCCACCUGGGUUACUAGCUUAUGGAGAGGUCAGCCGACCAAGUUUAGAAAAGUAUAUAAGAGAUGCUGUGGGGUUGAUAACUCAGGCAAUCACGAAAGCAGUGCAGGUGAGACCAGAUCUUGCUCUCAUUCAGUCCAUGGUGAACUGCAAUGACAAACAGACCUCACAAACUGAAUCUUCGGGUAUGUACCUGUCUAGGUAUAUAGCCAACUCAUCAUUCUCAGGACAAACUGGUCAAGUAUACCUAAUGAAUAAUAAUGUUGUCCACACUGAUCACCACUACAAGAUAUGGAGCCUGGUGCGUGACUCUUUAGGAGACCCCACUUGGGUAACUGUGGGUGGUUGGUAUGAAGGUAAAAUGGAAGUGGAAGAAGGCGUGUGGCAAAAUCGCAUACAAAAAAGAGAACCAGCUCCAGUUGUGACCCAACGUACAAAGCUCAGGGUGGUAACCCUUGUGGAACAUCCCUUUGUUUUCACUCGAGAGGUGGAUGCUGAUGGCAGUUGUCCAGCUGGCCAAAUGUGCUUGGACCCCCACACAAAUAACUCUGCCUUAUUAGAUAUGCUGUUUGAAGAGAUAAAUUCCCCUAAUGGUUCUGUGUCACUUAAAUACAAAACUUGUUGUUAUGGCUACUGUAUUGAUUUAUUGGAAAAGCUCGCAGAAGAUCUUGGAUUUGACUUUGAACUGUACAUUGUUGGAGAUGGAAAAUAUGGCGCUCGUAAAGGCAACCGCUGGACAGGGCUAGUUGGAGACUUGUUGAGCGGAGCAGCUCACAUGGCUGUUACCUCCUUUAGCAUAAACUCUGCACGAAGCACUGUUAUAGACUUUACUAGUCCAUUUUACUCUACCAGCCUUGGCAUUUUAGUACGCAUGCGAGACACUGCCUCACCUCUUGGCGCUUUCAUGUGGCCCCUACACUGGUCCAUGUGGGUUGGCAUAUUUGUGGCCUUGCACAUCACUGCAUUAUUUCUUACAUUCUAUGAAUGGAAGAGUCCUUUUGGUAUGACCCCACAUGGACGUAACCGGAUGAAAGUCUUCUCAUACUCUUCAGCACUCAACCUUUGCUACGCUAUUCUUUUUGGAAGGACAGUUUCAAGUAAAACUCCAAAGUGCUGCACAGGAAGAGUUCUCAUGAACCUGUGGGCUAUUUUCUGUUUACUAGUACUAUCCAGCUACACUGCAAACCUUGCUGCAGUAAUGGUAGGAGAUAAGACAUACGAAGUUUUGUCAGGAAUCCAUGAUCCCAAGCUCCAUCAUCCUUCUCAGGGUUUCCGCUUUGGCACAGUUUGGGAGAGCAGUGCAGAGCAAUACAUUAAAAAAAGUUUCCCUGAAAUACACAACUACAUGCGAAGGUUCAGCGUCCCAUCCACAUCAGAUGGAGUCCGCAUGUUAAAGACAGACCCACCAACCUUAAAUGCUUUUAUUAUGGAUAAAGCUUUGCUAGAUUAUGAGGUAUCCAUAGACUCAGACUGCAAGUUGCUGACCGUGGGGAAACCAUUUGCCAUUGAAGGUUAUGGAAUUGGUCUUCCCCAAAACUCUGCGCUAACCUCUAAUAUAUCAGAGUUUAUAAGCCGUUAUAAAUCAUCUGGAUUCAUGGACACUUUACAUGACAAGUGGUACAAAAUGGUGCCCUGUGGAAAGCGAGUGUUUGCUGUGACUGAGACGCUCCAGAUGGGAAUUUACCAUUUUUCAGGAUUAUUUGUUCUCCUCUGUAUCGGGUUUUGUGGGUCACUUCUCACAUCAUUAGGAGAAAGGAUUGUUUACUACCUGAUUCUGCCUCGCAUGAGGAGAAAGCGUAGAUUCAAAUAUUGGCUUCAUACUAGUCAGAAAAUACAUCGGGCAUUGAACAUGGCAAGUGAAGAUCAAGAUGUAAAGCUCCCAAAACCUGACAAACGCUGCAACCUCCAAAAGGAACCAGCUGCAGAACAUCAGUCUGUCUGGAAUAACCUGCGUCGCACCCCAGUACACCAAGAGAAAAGGGUACAUUUUAAUUUAGAGACUAUAAAUAUCAAGGAUUGUUCAUGUGAAAAUGGUCAACCGUGCAACCCUAAGGAACAGGAAUUGAAACAACUGGAGUUGAAAAUAGAAGAUAUGAAGGAUCAGUUAAGAGCUGCACUGGUGAGAAAAAGUGAGCUAAUGGUCAUUCUGCAGCCUCCAUGCAACCACAUGCAGCCAAAGACAGAUGGAAACAGAUGAUACAGAGACUGCUUGGCUCAUGUACUUGGUCUAGUCGAAUGCUCCGUCACAGAGCUUACAUUCUAUUACUCGGUUCUUCCAGGGAGGAGUUGCAGGCAGUUCAUUACUGAUGGAUUGUUGCAUAAGGCACAAUAACUAAAUCCUCAAAGAUACUUACACCUUACCAUUGUGUAAACAGGUGCAAGCAAACAGAUGGACACCAUGCAAGCAAUAUAUUACAAAAAUCAUAUUAUCUUCUGUUUCUGGAAUGAAAAAUGUUUCUUGUUUCUGUAUAACUUACACCAUAUUUGUGUCUUUUCUUUCUAUUUAGUUUUCUGUAAAAUGUUUCCUGGCUCUUUUAUAAUUGUUAAACAGCAGACACAAGGUCAUAGCAGUAUAAUGGCACAAACUUGGGAAUGCAUCUUACAGCACUAACCAUCCACCAGGUACUAAAAGAAUAUCCUGCCUAUUUGUAAUUUAAGGAUCUUUUCUUAGACCUCAGAUAUAUAAGAAUUUUUGAAUGCAUACAAACCCCGCAUACAUAUUCAUAGUUUAUGAAUGCAAUAAAAUCUAUUGAUAUUGUCCCAUAGAAGAUUUUUGCUGUAGUUAAACAUAUACAAGGACAUUCUUGUGUAACAGAGGAGGCAUUAUCAUAGAGUUAGUAAUAAAUGGUUAUACACAUCUUGGGUGCUCGGCGGAUAGGCAUAGGCAGUCCAAACAAUUCUGGGAUCAGAAAGCACAGCUCUCCAAUUACAAAUGAAUAUUAGGAUUCCAUUAGUAGAGCCCCAUUGUAAGCAGAACAUAAAGAUUUGGUCAUGAGUAAAUACUAUUUAAUUCAUAGUUAAACAUGCCAGUAUUUUACCCUUCUAAAUCUUGUUCACAGCAUGUGUGGAAGGACAACAAAGUGUAAGUGCU